CGUUACCCGUACCCUGUGCACGUGUUUCAUGAAGAAAUGCCUUUAGGCACUCAAGAAGAGAUUCGGGAUGUGUUGCGUUCAGCACGUAAUGUGACAUUUGAGGAUGUUUCACAGUUCUGGCGUACACUACCCCACGGUGUGUCUGAGAAGCAGCUCAAGGAAUGGUUGAGCGUACCAGGUCAGGUACCCUUUUAUGGACGUGGGUAUCGCAUUAUGUGUCGAUUUUGGGCUGGAUUGGUAUGGCAGCUACCUUCGCUAGACUCCUAUGAGUAUUACUGGCGGCUUGAUACUGAUUCCUUUCUUACUCAAGCUGUUCCUUGUGAUGUAUUUCGGCUGAUGCAGGUAAAUCAGUGUGUCUACGGCUAUCGGAGUUUAACUCUGGAUCAUCCUAAUGUUGUGAAGGAUCUCUGGCCUACGUUUAAGAAAUGGGCCAACACUGCCCUCUCUGCUGGUGAGCUUGAGAACGUGACACGUUUUGCUCUCAGUUCAAAUGAAAGUGAGUACGAGGGCAUUAUGUACUACAACAAUUUUGAAUUGGGCACGAUGGCGUUAAAACGACACCCGUUGUACACAUCGAUGUUUCAUUUUUUGGAUGAGAAUGAACCGUUUGGGAUUCUGAGGUAUCGCUGGGGUGAUGCACCUAUACACACUCUUGGCGUAGAAGCCGUUAUGUUACAAGAAGGCUGGCGUAAAUGUCAUUUUCAAGAAGAUUUUGCGGGAUACAAACACGGUAGAAAUUUUCAAGUAUUUAUUCCUGAAAGAUAG